CUUGUUCUAAGAGACCAGAAGGGGCAGUAGCAGAAAUAUGUCACUUGAGGCACUGGGCAGCAUUGCUCAGGAGUGCUUGGGGCCACACCAGACAGAUCCACUGUCCUUGGCGUGCCCCAAACUACUUCCCAAAUGUUGAUCGGCCUCUUAAGUCAGAGGCACUGUUUUAAUGGUAAGGUAGCUUUCCACCCUGACUUCUCACUUCCCUCCUCUCUGCUUCCACUUUUUCAGCUAAAGGGAAAAUGUUGGGGUGGGUUUUAGUGUUUCCUUGGGUUUUUGUUGUUCAUGUGUAGUUCAAGUCUGUUUCCAGUGCUGGGAAAUGGCUUUUCCCGGGGCUUGAGCUCGAUUACAGGUGUAUCAAAACCUCAGCACAGAUACAUUUCUGUUAUCUAUGUGGAUAAUGCAAGUUGUCAGCUUCUAAGCCUGGAUAGAUGGAUAGACUGCAUUCUUGUUUGCCAAGAAAUGUCCUCUGCCUUAUCGCUCUCAUUACAAUAAAUACUUGCUUGGGGGUGGGAAGCUUCUGUAAAAUUCCAGGUCUUAAAACUUAACAACUGAUAAAUAAAUGCUUUGAAACCGUAAUGCUUUUUUUAACAAUAGCUUGGUGUUAAAAAAUAAAAAAAACACCUUUUAGUGAAUCCAAAGACCAUAUUUCUGCUGACUGAACUGUCUGGUACUGUGACCUGUGUGUAGAGAACCAGUUUUGACUUUUCUUUUCUGUACUCUUUUAAUCAAAGGGUAGCCUCUGAGGGUAAGUGACUAAGACUUCUCCUCUGCUGCCCAUGGUGCAGGGAUAGCUGCCGUCUUCAGUCAACCCAAAGCUCUCCAAAGAGAAGGCUGGCUCUAGACAGGAACUACAUGAAUGACAGCCUGAGAACAGAUGUCUUUGUGAGGUUCCAGCCAGAAAGCAUUGCCUGUGCGUGCAUUUACCUGGCAGCCAGGACGCUGGAGAUCCCGCUUCCCAAUCGCCCGCACUGGUUUUUGCUGUUCGGAGCGACCGAGGAAGAAAUCCAAGAAAUCUGCUUGAAAAUCUUGCAGCUCUACACGCGGAAAAAGGUGGAUUUGUCUGACCUGGAAAGUAAAAUAGAAAAGAAGAAAUUGGCCAUUGAAGAGGCAAAAGCACAAGCUAAAGGUCUGGUACCUGAGGGAAUCCCGAACUUGGAUAACACAUCAGGAUUUUCCCCUGCCCCGAAAAAUGAGUCCCCAAAGGAGGUUAAAGGAAAUAAACCUUCCCCGCUCCCUGUCCAGGCAAUGAAGAAUGCUAAAAGGAAAACAGAGGGAGCCAAAAGAACGAGCUCCAACAGCCCAGUGAAUGGUGUCCAGAAAGGGAGAGAGAGCAGAAGUCGGAGUGGGAGCAGAGAUCAGAGUUACUCCAGAUCAGCCUCGAGAUCUGCAUCCCCCAAGCACAGGAAAAGCGAGAGUUACUCCACCUCCAGCGGCUCCAAAUCCCACAGCCGUUCCCGCAGCCGCAGCGAUUCCCCCCCCCGCCAGUUCAACCACAGCUCGGCCUACAAGGGCUCCAAGGUGAGGAGCUACAAGAAAUCCAAAGACUACAAAUACUCCACCCACAAGGCCCGCAAGUCCCGCUCCCGCAGCUCGUCCCGCUCCCGCAGCCGCUCCCGGGAGCGCUCGGACCACUCGGGGAAGUACAAGAAGAAGAGCCACUACUACAGGAACCACCGGCACGAGCGCUCCCGCUCCUACGAGCGCGCCGGGCACCGCUACGAGCGCGAGCACCCCGGGCACAGCCGGCACCGCCGCUGA